GGUAUUUAGAGAUAUGAUCGAUUGCUGCGCUCUAGACUGUUCGCGCCGACUCGGGUUAUCCCGGAUCUUGCACAAACAUAAGCCAAACACAACCUAUCGUCUCCAAAUUUGCCCAAGUCGCUACAUCGAGCCUUCCGCGCAAGCUUUUCGCUGUAUCUUUGACGAUCCACGAGUUCCAAGGGACCACUCGCGAUGAGGAGGAAAAAAGGAUUGGUCAAACCGGACCGGAACUCGGAACGGAACUCGGCCUCUCAAUAGCCGGUCAUGUCUUCCCCAUAACCCCGCACAGACCACAGCAGUGCUCCCCGCAUUUCUUCGCCUUCUACUCAGCAUGAAGUCUCUUCGUCUGCUUGACCCUCUGUCUCGUAUCACCCUACGACCCAAGAGCACCGCUUUUGUUGGUCUGGGUCGGAUGGGCUUCGAAAUGGCGUACAACCUCUUUUCGAAACAACAUGCGCAAGAAGGCGACGCUCAUUUCGUCGUAUGCGAUGCAGUACCGGAACGUGCGGACGAGUUUUGCAAGAACUUUCUUUCGCAAUUCCCUGGCGCCCAGAUCCAUACUGCUCUGACUCCAGACGUGGCCGCCAUGUCGUCCCAGACGGUGAUAACAAUGCUCCCAUCUUCUCCUCAAGUCAAACAGGUAUACAAUGAAGGCAUCAUUCCCGGUAUGAACGCGCUUCCUCCCGAUGUAAUGCGGGACUCGCUUGCCAUCGAUUCGACUACUUUGGAUGUCUCAGUUGCCCAAGAACUUGCCUCCCAGUUGAACAAUCUCGGCAUUCAGACUGUCGACGCACCAGUAUCUGGUGGCGUCGCUGGGGCUAAGGCAGGAACUCUCACAUUCCUUGUUGGAGGAACGGAAUCGGCUUUUGACAGAUCAUACUCUAUUCUCUCUCUCAUGGGUCAAAGGGUCAUCCAUUGUGCUAAAAUCUGUAACAACCUCAUGCUAGGUGUUCAGCAAAAUUUGUUACGGCCGAAGCCAUGGCUACUGGGAAAGAGACUCGGCCUUGAUCCCGUUGUCUUGUCAAGCGUCAUCGGUUCAUCAACUGGAAAUUGCUGGUCCAUGUCAGUCAAUAACCCCAUCUAUCUCCGCCUUGCAACCGGCGACUAUGAAGGAGGAUUCGCGACAAGCCUGAUGCUCAAGGUAUACGCCAGGAUGGUUCGGGUCUCACCGGAACGUGAAGGGAAAGAUUUCUCGUCUGUGUAUAAGUUCCUUUGA